AAGUGAAAGUGAAAGUGCCAUCGUUUUUGGUCAAGAGAAAACAAAGAAAGAGGAAAGGUAAAGUGGAAGUUAGAAACGUAGUUUGGCACCGAGGCAUCCUGUUUCUUCUCCAUUUGUCCUCAAAAAACAGCGAAAACUGGACCAACAAAACAAACAAGGAAACAACAUAGCCCCAGAACGGCUGAAGAAAUCAAAAGAAAAACAAAGAAAGAAAAAAGUCCGCCACGUCAUCCCCUUUCGCACAUUUCUUCUACUACUGGAUUUUUUUGUUUUUUUUCCACUUGGAAAGCGAGCAUAACACGAAAAUCCUCCCCCCGGCUCUUCCCCGUACCCUCCCUGCAACCGUUAUAGCGUUGCAUUUUUUGAAGAAAAUAUAUUUGAAUUUUGUUCUACGACGGUUGACCUAAUUUCAAUUCCCAUACAAAAGAAGACGGCGGAACAGAAAAAAGCUUCCGUAAGUCUGAACUCAAACAGAUACCUGAGGGAGAAACAGAAAAGGAGCGAAUCAAAAUGGGAAAUUCCUUUGGGUGCUCAGCUUCAGGGGAGAGAUUAGUGUCUGCUGCGAGAGAUGGGGAUUUGGUGGAAGCCAAGAUGCUUUUGGAUUGCAAUCCUUGUCUUGCUAAAUAUUCCACUUUUGGUGGCCUUAACUCUCCUCUUCAUUUCGCCGCUGCCAAAGGCCACAAUGAGAUUGUUGCUUUAUUGCUUGAGAAUGGAGCUGAUGUUAAUUCCAGGAAUUACUGUGGCCAGACGGCAUUGAUGCAAGCGUGUAGAUAUGGGCACUGGGAAGUUGUGCAGACCCUUCUGCUUUUCAGAUGCAAUGUUACAAGAGCAGAUUAUCUAAGUGGGAGAACUGCUCUACAUUUUGCUGCUGUAAAUGGACAUGUAAGAUGCAUAAGACUAGUUGUAGCUGAUUUUGUUCCUAGUGCUCCUUUUGAAGCUAUAAACACCCAAAUAGAAGGUGAAAGAGGGGAUGGUUCUGGUGUGAGGAACAAAAAUGAUCAGAGCGCACUGUCAAAGUUUGUAAAUAAGGCAGCUGAUGGUGGGAUUACUGCUCUUCAUAUGGCUGCAUUAAAUGGGUAUUUUGAUUGUGUACAGCUUUUGUUAGACCUUCACGCCAAUGUCUCCACUGUCACAUUUCAUUAUGGAGCAUCAAUGGAUUUGAUAGGAGCUGGAAGCACUCCUUUGCAUUAUGCUGCUUGUGGGGGAAAUUUGAAGUGCUGUCAGAUCCUUCUUGCAAGAGGAGCCAGUCGAGUGACUUUGAAUUGCAAUGGGUGGCUGCCACUUGAUGUUGCCAGGAUGUGGGGUCGUCAUUGGCUUGAGCCCUUGCUGGCACCUAAUUCUGACACAACCAUACCUAGAUUUCCUUUUUCCAACUACUUGUCCUUGCCUCUUUUGAGUGUACUUAACAUAGCAAGAGAAUGUGGGUUGCAGUCCUCAACAACCUCCUCAGAUGAUGCUGACACUUGUGCAGUCUGCCUUGAAAGAGCGUGUAGUGUUGCUGCUGAAGGAUGUGGGCAUGAGCUAUGCGUAAGGUGUGCACUCUAUCUUUGCUCAGCAAGCCACAUUCCUUCCAAUAUGGUGGCACCACCUGGGUCUAUUCCAUGCCCACUCUGUAGACAUGGCAUUCUUUCCUUUGCCAAAUUGCCCAGUUCCCCAGCAAAAGAAAUUAAGCUACAUCUGUCCCUUGGCCUUUGCACCCCAUGCAUGCUUCAUCCUCGUGAUGCAGAUUGCCUAUCACCAGCUUCAGAGAUCCGAAAGAAUCGUGUUGCAUCAGUUUCUUCAGAUCUGUUCUGUCCCGUAACCUGUAGUCCAUUCCCUUCUGUUGCCAUCCCUUUGUGCACCUGCAAUGAUGGUCCUUGCCCGUCUUUUGAACCUCGAGAGACAGAAACACAAGAUGAAUCACCAAGACGGUCACAAGCUACAUCAGUUGACCAGGAUAAAAUUGAAGGGCCACGACUGGAGAGAACAACCUGUUCAAGCAUGUUUUGGGGCAGAAGGAGCUGCAGUAGAGAGCAUCAAUGCAAUUCAGAAAUAAAUGCUUGACUGGUUUCAUCCGUGGUUGUUCCAUACUGAAAUUUUUUACAAAGGAGCUUCAGUCUUAGGUUCCAUUGUGGGACAACAGCAAGUCUGCGAUGUGGAAAAAUUUUUACAAUUCCUGUUACAAUGCUUAUAUUUUGUCCCACAUUAAGCUGUGUAUGAUGAUUUACAUUGCUUUCCUUCAAAGGUGUUACCCAGGCCUUUUUUAACAUUUCAAUUAGUGAAUCUAAUCUCUAGUCAUUUGUAGAUUAUGAAAUGAGUCAAUUUUUACGAAA